GAAACAGCGAAUGUAGCUUAAGAAAUGGCGAUGGCUAUGGUCAGAUGCGGUCUUCUUCGAACCGCUUUGCGCGGUGGCUCUCGACCUUCUGCCCCUGUCAAGCGCAACUUUUCCUCCUCUGCCCGCCACGACGACGCUCGCGAGGCAGAAAAAUGGGAAAAGAUAACAUAUGUUGGCAUUGCAACAUGUACUGUUUUGACCAUUUAUAACCUAUCAAAGGGCCAUCCACACUAUGAAGAGCCUCCUCCAUACCCAUAUUUGCACAUUCGCAACAAAGAGUUUCCAUGGGGUCCAGAUGGCCUUUUUGAGAAGAAGCACCACCACUAAGACAUUCAUGGCUCAACAAGGGGAUAUUUUCCAGAGAGAACCUUUAUGUUUAGCACAGUCCUCUCGUUCUGUCAGGUUGUACUGUACUACCUCCAGAUGUUGACGAUAGCUCUAGCAUCUCGCUCUUUCUGUGCAUUAUUUUCUUUUUUGAUAGGUUCUUUUUGUACAUUAUCAAUAGUGGCUUAAUACUUGCAAGCGACAAGUUGUUUAGUACUUGUUUAUAUCGUUUGUUGUGAACACUCCUUCAGCAGCUAAAUAAAAUCGAUGAUGGAGAGAGUAUGGUUUGCC